AUGCCACCCAGAAGAAGUUUGUGCAUCUUUGAGAUAAUUUUUGUUAUUGUACUUGCCACUACGAAUGGUAGCCUCGUGAUUGGGGAUCCAUCGGGAUGUAAGUUCCCUGCCAUCUACAACUUUGGAGACUCGAACUCAGACACCGGGGCAAAUUCUGCCGCGUUCACUCAGGUUCCAGCUCCGUACGGUGAAACCUUCUUCAAGAAGCCAUUUAAGAGAUUAUCAGACGGCCGUCUAAUUAUUGAUAUAAUUGCUGAGAAGCUUGGGAUGCCGUACUUGAAUGCGUACUUGGACUCUAUUGGGACGAGUUUUAGGCACGGGGCAAACUUUGCAGCUGCAGGCUCUUCCAUUCUACCCGGUCCUUUCAGCCCCUUCGAUCUAGCUGCUCAAAUGUCUCAGUUCUCUCAGUUCAAGUCACGAACUGCUGAACUUUAUUGCAACUCAUCCUCUUCGGCGAGUGAUGGAACGAUUCCGAAUCCCGAUGACUUCUCAAAGGCCCUCUACACGUUCGAUAUUGGACAGAGCGAUCUCACACUUGCCUUCCAGAACAGGACACCCCCUCGAGUCAUCAUAUCAACGUUUCCCGGCAUCCUUGAUCGCCUCUCACAGUCAUUGCAGCAACUUUAUGGAGAAGGGGCAAGAGCUUUCUGGAUCCAUAACACCGGUCCGAUUGGUUGCUUGCCCCUUAUGGCGUUCCAAUUUCGGUUCAGGGGUGGUACUCUGGAUUCGAACGGGUGCGUGGGGUUCAUGAAUGAUGUGGCUCAAGAAUUCAACCGGCAACUUAAGGGCAGUGUGGCCCAACUAAGGGCACAGCUCCCACUGGCAAAGCUUACUUAUGUCGAUAUCUAUUCGUCUAAACUCGAACUCAUCAUCAAUGCUAAGAGCCAAGGUUUUGCCAACCCGCUGGAUAACUGUUGUGGGACAUUUUUGCCGUACGUUGUGAUGUGCGGGACUUCAAUGCAAUUGAAUGGGACCACCAUUCAUGGCUCUUCGUGUAGUGAUCCUUCGACUCGAAUUAGUUGGGAUGGCAUUCAUUAUACAGAGGCUGCGAACCUGUGGGUUGCUUCUCGAAUCCUCAACGGUUCCUUCUCUGACCCGCCAGUCCCCAUCUCCGGCGCCUGUCCCUAGAUGAAACCAGUCUGGUUAGUUCUUUAAUUUUUUUUCUCGCUUUUCCGAUACAAUUUGAGAAUAAGUAUGUCACAGAGCAAACUAUUAGUGAAGCUAGUAAAUGCAUCUAAGCUUCAAAAAUAAGAGGUUGUGUAACAUGUUCCCAUGGAAAGUUAGUUAAAGUCAAGUGCAAACGUUCUUGUUCUCUCCGA